ACGUUGAUAAUGUCAAAACGUUUGGUUCGCUGUGCUGCUGCUGCUCAUGCUGUUGCUGCUGUCGCCGCCGCCGAUGCUGCUGCUGCUGCCGCUGCUGCUACCAACGACGACGUCGUCAAUACGCUAGGACAACAACACGAAAAUAACAUCAAAACAACAACAACAACAAAACAAACCGAUGCACUGGUCGCUCCAGCAGCAUAAAUAAAUAACAAUAAACGAACCACAAGCACAACAAUUGAUAAACAAUGCAUAAAAAAUAAUUUAUACACCAAUAAAGUUUAACAACAAAAUGCAGCCAAUGGCAAAGUGUCAGAAAUUUUGAGAAUUAAUAUUUCACUAGAGAUUUGUGUGCCAAAAAGCGAAACAUUUUAUGUUUUUUUUUCCCACAACUUUUGUGUGUUUUCGGAGCAAACACAGUUCUCAUUGGUUAUUCUUUACAUUUUUUGCGUUGCGCGUAAAAUGAUGAAAAAUAUGUGAAAAAUGCGCUACAACAACAUUUGAGGCACUCACGUAGGUGAAACACGGUCCGGUCUCGCUCUCAAUAACGUUCUGGCUCUGGAUGCCGGUUCCCGGUCUCAAACCACAAUCUCAAAGUUCAAAUCCCACAACGACGUCAACGCUGUGUUUAACCCGUGUGUGCGAGUUUACAAGUGUGUGUGUGUAUGUGCGGACUGUGUGUGUAUUUUUAUACAAGACUUCAACGUUGUGUAACACUGUAACGUGCUAAAUUUAUUAAUUUAUUGCCACUGACUGCAAAUAAACAAAAGCAACAACAACAACUACAAAGAGCAACAUAACAUCUACAAUUUGUUAUGCCCCAAAGUUGGUUUCGCUGACUCGAUAUAAAUCGGAAAUAUAGACAGCCAGACAACGUUGGCCCACAAAGUGGCUCAAAUACAAUUGACAUUUAUUGGCCAAUAUAUAUUUAUAAGGCUUUCGCCCAAAGGAAGCGCCCGCCGCUACGCCAGACACAAUACAACGCGCAACUGAGUGAACUAUAAAAAAUACAUAUAUACAUAUACUUAUACAAAUAUAUUUAUAUAUAUAGUGAAAGAAAAACUAGGUUUAUUGUAUGGCGAUGAUGUUGUCAAUGCUGCAUAAGAACUGGCAGCAGGCUCGCAUGCAAAUGCUAAGCAGAAGGACGAACAGGACAACAGCCAGCACAAUGCCAUCAUCCUGUGGGCAACGUGGGCGUGCCCAGACAACAAAAACAACAGCAACAACAACAGCAGGCAGCAGCUGCAUAUGCUGGCUGGCUAUGCUGCUACUCUUGCUGUUCGUGCCGGAUUUUAUUGUGGCGCUCAAGGAUGUUUCGGUUAGGAUACCGCAGGCGGUUAAACGUGGCAGCAACGCCUUGUUCACCUGUAAUUAUGAUAUGGAAAACGAUACGCUUUAUUCGGUUAAAUGGUAUAAAGGCAAGCGUGAGUUUUAUCGCUACACACCCAAAGAGAAUCCGGCAAUGAAAGUGUUUGCCAUGACAAGUGGCCUCAAUGUUGAGCGCAACCUCUCGAAUCAAAGUCAUGUCGUGCUGCAGUCGGUGCCGCUGAAUAUUUCGGGCAAAUUUACAUGCGAAAUAUCUGUGGAGGCGCCCACAUUUCAAACAGCUAUGGUCUCCGGCGAAAUGGAGGUGGUGGAGUUACCGGAAGAGCAUACAGUGGUUACCGGCAUACAGGCACGUUAUCGCAUUGGCGAUUUGGUCGACGGCAAUUGCUCAAUUAAAUACUCGAAACCGGCUGCUAAUUUGACAUGGACUAUUAAUGGUAUUGUGGUGCCGCCGCAUCACAUCAAGACUUAUCAGAUUGAGAAACAAGAGAAUAGCACACUGGAAUCGGUGACAAGUGCCAUACACUUUAUGGUAACCACACAGCAUUUUCUCAAGGGUCAAAUGAGGCUGAAAUGCACGGCCAACAUAUUUGACAUAUUUAAAGAGGAAAUCGAGAGCAUUAUCGAAGAGGAUCGACCCAGAAUUAUGGCCUCGGGCCGAUCAUAUGAUAUCAACAAUUACCCAAUGGAAGAUCAUGGCAACAGGCAUGGCGAUCGGGAGCGGGGCGGCUAUGAGGAGCAUAAUGAGUCAUAUCUGACCUACUCAUCGACGGAUAACGGUGCGUCGGGCGCUUCGAGCGCUGCUCAGGCAUUCUUUUGGCACGUUUGGUUAUUGAAGCUUAUGGAGGCGUUGCCAUUGCAGCACAUGGCAAAGCUGCACCGACACAUCAACAGGCAUCUGGCAAAGUGGGCGUGUCACUUUGAUGCGUACACCACAUGGCUAAGCGUUGCACUCGCACUGCCGCCCCUCUGCCGGCUGUGGAUGGGCCAUCAAAUUAACAACUGUCAAUAUGCCAGCGACAGUGCAGCGACGCAACAGACGGCUAGCGACGGCGACGGUGGCAGAGAUGGCAGCAACGAUGGCGACGGCGACGGCGACGUUGCCAAUGUGACAAUGUCAAAGACAGCGCCAAGUGAGAGCGACAAAUGCUUUUAUAAUUGUCAAAUGGCAUUGGCAACACUUUUGCAACGUAAUAAUGAUGAUUACGACGUUGAUGAUGAUGAUGAUGUUGACGAUAGUGCUAUCGCUGAUGUUGCUGAUACUGAUGAUGUUGAUGAUGAUGAUGAUGAGGGCAAUUCUGGCGUUGAUUUAACUGCAGCUGCAGACCGAGCAACACUAAAGCGCCAACAUCAACAGCUGUCAGCGACACUUGCUAAAGUGGGCGCGGCCUCGCAGCCGGAUCAACGAUUAUUGAUGACAUGCCCAAAGCUAGCAGCGGCAGCGCCAUGCUGAUGCUAAAUUGAUGAUGAAAUGCAUUUCGAAAAGUAGCUUAAGGUGCUGCCAUGCGAACGAAUGGGCACAUUUCUCUUAACCAUAUUUGUUUCUUUCUCUUAUUUGUUUUUACACGCGCAAUAAUUAAUGUCACAAGCGGCAAACAGCAAAACAAAACAAAAAUAAAAAAGGAAAUUUACAGUUCGCCCUGGCUAAAACGCACCUAAGACGUUGUGAAGCCAAUUUUGGGAGAAGCAAAACAAAGAAAAGCAAAGAGAAGCUUAAGUAUAUUAUAGUAUAUUAAGAGAGUGUAACUGGUAAUAUGU